UCCCUCUGACCUCUCCCCUCUCAUGCUCUCUCUCUCUCUCUCUCUCACUCAUAAAUUAGGGGAAAAAAAUUAACUCCACUGUUUGCAGAGCAAUGCACGACCACUUCGCGGCCAUGACUGAAUGAAUCGAUGAAAACACAGGUGCUGGGGAUACGCUUCAGGGCACAGAGAGAGAACUAGGAGUUCCAAGAGGGGACCCCCCCAAACUGGGGCACUCAGCUCCCCACUGCAGCCCCUUCUCCGGGGCAUCACCGGGGAUUCUCUGGCCUGGGGCUUGUGUUUUCUCUUCGCACAAUGGGGGUGCUGGUCCACUUGGGGAGCCUUGAGGGGGUUGUGUACAUGGGGGGCAACCCGCCUGCCUGGUCUGACAAGAAGAGGAGGAAAGGACUUAUGGGGUGGGAGACCCAGACCUCCCCUGUCGACACCGGACAGCUGUGGAACCUUGGCAGUGACCUACUUCCGCGUGUGUUCCUUUGCUCGUCUGUGACAGGAGGGAGGGCCCCGGCAGCUGAAUGUCCACGUGGGAGGACGUACGAGUCCGCUGGGGCCGCCAUAGCAAAUCACCACAGAGAUGGCGCCUUGAGACAACGGACACGUACUCUCCCAGUCCGAGAAGGCGGUGCGGGCAGGGCAGCCUCCUUCGGGAGCCUCGGAGGGAGAAUUGUCCCCCGCCUCCGUCUGGGCCUCUGGGGGUGACCGGCCAACCUCGGUGCCCCAUGGCAGCCACCCAAAUCCCGCCUCUCUGCCCUCUCUGCGUGUCCCCAACCCCCUCUCCUCUCCUGUGAGGACCCUAACUGCAGGCUGAUCUUGUUUGGGAUCCAGCUGCAAAGAUCCAAUUUCUAAAUCAGGUCACAUUCACAGGGACCAGGGGUUAGGACCUGGUCUACCUUUUGGGGGGGAGACAAUUCAACCCGCCCCAGAAGGCAUUUUGGGGAAGCAAAAGCCAUGAAUGCCAGGUGUUGUCAUUCUCAUGCCAAGUCGAAGAUGGUGCACGGUGGAGAGGGGUGGGGGGGACCCAUCUUCGUCUUCACAGCCUCAUCGGUGCACCCCCUGCUGGCCAGGAACACGGGGGUGCCCCAGGGAGUCCAGAUGGAGGGCGGGACCUUGACCCCAAGAAGAGGGGAGGCUGGUGGUAGAUGGAGGAAGUCUGCCCUGGGGUCUCCUCCACGCUUGGCUCCUGCCAGAGAAGCCCUUCCGACCACCAGAGAGCGGGGACGUCUCCGGGGCUCUGAUUACUAUUUUUAUCCUCCUUUACAUAGCGGCCUGCCCUGUCUUUCAUCCUCGGUCUAGUCUUCGGGGGGCCGCCUGGGGCUCUCCCAGCCCCUCCAGGGACGCUCGGCGUUGUCAUGAGAGAAAACCAAGCCCCAAGAGACACUCGAGUUUCAAGUCCCUGCUUUCUCCAAUCUUGUCACUCACACCCUCUGCCAGAGGGUCAAACUGAAUCUUGACCACCACCCAGCCCCUGCCAUGUCACCCCAUGCUCUGUGCUUUCACGUGGCUGGUCUCCCUUCUGGAACAUUCCUCUGUGCCCCUCCCUGCCCCUGCUUAGCGCCCCCCCCCUUUCAGCAUUUAUCCCUCUGCGAUCCCCUCUCAUUCCCCUGGACCAUCGUGUACUCCGCACUUGACUGGGAGGUCCCUGAGGGCAGGAGGACAGUCCCAACCCCCAGUACCCAGAUGCCGUCUGGAUGUUCAUGGAAGGAAAUCAUCCAGAGACCCAGAUCUGAAUUCCCUCGUCACCGUCUUCCCAAGUGAGUGCCCUUGGCCUCACCAGCUGAAGCUGGAUGUCCUCGUUGGCCUCCCGGGCCGGCCUGGUUGAAUCGGGCUCGGCUGUGUGCAACUUCUUCGCUAAAGGGCUCUGUGACAAAGGGAAGCUCUGCCCGUUCCGGCACAACCAGGGGGAGAAGAUGGUGGUGUGCAAACACUGGCUCCGCGGCCUGUGUAAGAAGGGCGACCAGUGCGGUUUCCUGCACCAGUACGAUGUCACCAGGAUGCCCGAGUGCUACUUCUACUCCAAGUUCGGUGAUUGCAACAAGAAGGAAUGUUCCUUUCUCCACGUGAAGCCAGCUUUCCAGACCCGGGACUGUCCUUGGUAUGACCAAGGUUUCUGCAAGGAUGGUCCCCUCUGUAAACACCGCCAUGUCCCUAAGACAAUGUGUGUUAACUACUUAGUGGGCUUCUGCCCCAAGGGCCCCCACUGCCAAUUUGCACAUCCCAAGAUGAAUCUUUCACUCAACUCGAGCUACACGAAGCUAGUCCACGGGCCACGGCGUUCAGCACCUCCUGCUUCCGCCUGGGAGCGUCGCAAGCCCCCUUCCACGACCACGGAGUGCCGGCUUCUCCACCCUCAGAGGCAGCCCCAGGAGCCCCUGCUCUCCUGCCGCUCGGGGCUCAGGGCACGGGAGCAGAGCCCGUGCUACACGUGUCGUAACAUGGGCCGUUAUGCCAGCCAGAGCAGUAAGACUCCAACAGGUAGGAGUUAUCAAAAAGUAACCCCAGGUCGGUGGGCUAACUGACGACCAUCCAGCGAAGAAACCCAACGGCCACUCUGUGGGAUCCUCUGGUCCCCAUGCCCAGCGCGCCCUCGUGUUGGCCCCCAUGGGGCUGGAGAUGCGGACGUAGUGGCCUGGUGCACGGGGGCUUAUUUCCUCUAAUUCUGUAAGGGAGCCCACUGGUAGAAAUACACCAGGACUGGAGGCAGAUGGGACUGUGGUAGGGGAUCACAAAAUGGGGGAGCAGGAUGGAAGUACACACAGAGCUCGGGUUUGUGGGACAUGCACGGGUCCUGCUCCGCGUGGCUCUUGAACCACGGCCAAGCUCAAGCCGUUCAGGGCAGUGCUGUGCACAUGGCCUCUCCUGCUGCUGGGAACUGAUUAAACCCAAUGGUUUUCUUCAGCAUGACAGCUGCCUCCCUGCGUGGCUUCCUUCAGUUUAAGGCUCUAUUCUGUGCGUGCUUUAGGCGAGGAGUUACAGACAGGGUGAUGCCGCAAACAAGGCUUGUCUCUGGGAGGGGAGGGAGUGAUGUGCACCAUUUAAGGCCACACUAAGUCAAAGGCCAUUGUGAUUUAAUCUGUAGGGAGAAGUGCAGGGAGGCUAAGCCAAGCCUUUUGGGGAAAGGGAAAAAACGGUAGGUGUGUGGUCGGAGCAGGUGUGCCAGCACCCCCUUUGGCAGAUGGAGACGGCUGCCCGGCCUGCCUGGAGCUGGAGGGAAAGGGGACAGGGCUGUCCUCCCCCAGGGCUGCUGAGACCGACACCAGGCAGCUGUGGAGGCAAACUGCCUCACUUCCUCAUGCUUAAAAACGAACCUGGCACCCGCCUCACCGGGUGGUCAGAAGGCUAGACCGGGAGCGUGCAGGUCAAGAACUUGGCACAGCACUUGGCUUUGAUCGCGGAGUAGGCACUCACACGGCAGCCAGGCUUUUGUGUGAAUUGUGGUGGGGUCUUUCUUGCUUGGUUCAAGGUUAGAAUCUGAACACGGGAUGACGCCACUGAGGUUUCGUCCUGAGAGGCCCCAAGAAGUAAGACAACAUGCCCGGGGCCACGCCCACCCAACUCAAAGAUGAUGGUCUAGCAGAGGCAAAUAAUAGAGGAGAAGUAAAAGUACAUACAUUUAAAAAUGUGGUCUUUCUGAAAGGUGGUGGUGAUCCCACAGAGGAGCACAGGAAGCAGGCCAAUUAGGAUCAUCCGUAAAUCAGGACAAACAAGGACUAGGAACAGUGGCAGCAGACAGGGUCUCCCAUAGGAGCAACACACCCCAUUGCUAACAACACGACUAUCUUUAAGAACCAAAUACUUGAAUGUAUAUUAGACAAAAGUACUUUCCCCAGUCCAUUCAGCAUCUCAGAUAUUCCCACUCGGGCCUAAACUCCAGUAGCUGACGCCGGGGUAACCCACCCUACAGAGCACAGGGGCGCAGCCAGGGCAAUGGGGCGGGCCCUUGAGGAGUUCUGGCCUUCUAGAACGGGCCCCUCCUUGUGAGUCUUCUCACAGGUGGAGUGAAGCCUGGCCAUCCCAGAAACUCCUCCUCAGGAGGGACGGGAAGGCGGGUGGGGACUGUUUGUGUGGAUUCUCUGCCCGCUCCUGAACCAGAAGCAAAGCCUAAGCACUGUUGCUCACCCAAGAAGAGCUUCCGCCAGGCCCGUGGAAGGUAUCGAGCAUCGUUCUGGGAGACAAAAUCAAGGAGGCUGUCUAACGCGGCUCAUCAAGCUAUGAGCAUUCCUGACUUUUUUCUCAGCUUUGUGAAGAGCAGCUACUUGUGCCUCGCGUCUGCAGGACGCUGGCUUCUGGCAGCUCAGACUCCCGUGUCUGCAUUUCCAGUUUGGAAAAGAAUCUCUGGUCUUGUGGGAUGGAGCCUUGCAUCCGCCACGUUGCACGCAGGAUUGGGGCAGGCUGUGCCAAUGAACUUGUGGGGAUAUCUGCAUGUACGAGUAGUAAAUCUGGCCUCACAAACCAGACUCACAGUACCCGUGGAAGCGGGAGCUAUGAAGUGUAUUCCCUCUGUCACUUGCAGUUGGGCUCGACCUCAGUCGGCGGGU